AUGUCUGACUGGGAGGCGAGCAGCGACGAGGACUGCGGCGCGGCGGGCCGGCCGCCAUCUUCUGCGGCCGCCGCCUCGCUCCUCUGGCAGCCACCGGCGGCCCCUUCGCGGAGCCGCGCCUCGGUGGAGGGCGGCAGAGGGCGAAGGGGCCCCGGGAGGUGGCAGGAGGCGGCGGCGGGCAGCCUCGAGGGGGAGGAGUGGGAGCCCCGAGGCGCGGGAGGCUCCCGGGGCUCGGGGGAGGCGGCGGGGCCAUGGCCGCCCCGCGCCGCCCGCUGCCCUCGGGACGCCGUGGCGCCCCUCUGCCUCAGCCUAGACAGCGCCCUGGUCGGGGCUCUCAUAGGUCGGGGCGGAGCUAAAGUAAGAGAACUUGAGGAGUCUUCAGGUGCUAGGAUACAGGUUAUAAAGGGAACUUAUGAAGCUGAAGUAAAGAUUUUUGGCAGCAUCGCUGUGCGAAACAAAGCCAAGAUGUUGAUUGAAGAUACUGUUACAAGACUUGGGCAAAACUACACUGGAAGUGGGACUGAGAAAGGUAAGAACUUGGAUCUUAUCAAGCCCCAAAAUAUCCCACAGAAAUCUUUGAUUAACUGGGCCUCCAUUCGAGAAAAUAAAGCUAGAUAUGAAGCUAUGAAGUGGGCAGACUUACCUCCAAUUGAGAAAAACUUUUAUAAAGAAUCAUCAAGGACUGCAUCUAUGUCACAAGAAGAAGUGGAACUGUGGCGGAAGGAAAAUAAUAAUAUAAUUUGUAAUGACUUGAAAGAAGGUGAAAAGCGCUGCAUUCCCAAUCCUAUUUGUAAAUUUGAAGAUGUAUUUGAGCAUUAUCCUGAUGUUAUGGCUAAUAUCAGAAAAGUGGGUUUUCAGAAACCUACACCGAUUCAGUCCCAGGCGUGGCCAAUCAUACUCCAAGGAAUUGAUCUUAUUGGCAUAGCACAGACUGGUACCGGGAAGACAUUAGCUUACUUAAUGCCUGGAUUCAUUCAUUUGGAUUCGCAACCAAUACCCAGAGAUCAGCGUGGGGGGCCAGGAAUGUUAGUCCUUGCUCCCACUCGAGAGCUAGCACUUCAAGUUGAGGCGGAGUGUUCAAAGUACACAUACAAAGGAAUUAAAAGUAUUUGCAUAUAUGGUGGUGGGGACCGAAAAGGACAGAUAAACGUGGUUACCAAAGGUGUGGAUAUUGUUAUUGCUACUCCUGGCAGACUGAAUGAUCUUCAAAUGAACAGCUUCAUAAAUCUGAAGAGCAUAACGUAUUUGGUUUUAGAUGAGGCUGACAGAAUGUUGGAUAUGGGAUUUGAGCCUCAAAUAAUGAAGAUCCUGAUAGAUGUGCGGCCUGACAGACAAACUGUGAUGACAAGUGCUACUUGGCCUGAUGGUGUUCGUCGCUUAGCAAAAUCCUAUUUGAAAAAUCCUAUGAUUGUAUAUGUUGGCACUCUUGAUUUAGCAGCAGUAAACACAGUAGAACAGAGAGUUGUUGUUAUCCCAGAAGAAGAAAAGAGAGCUUUCACACGGUACUUCAUUGACUCUAUGAAGCCAAAAGAUAAGGUCAUCAUUUUUGUGGGAAAGAAACUUACAGCUGAUGACUUAGCAAGUGACUUUGGUCUCCAAGGAAUUGCAGUUCAGUCUCUUCAUGGUAACAGAGAGCAGUGUGAUCGAGAACAGGCUUUAGAUGACUUCAAGAAAGGCAAGGUCAGAAUACUGAUAGCUACUGACUUAGCAUCCCGUGGUCUUGAUGUGCAUGACAUUACUCAUGUUUUUAAUUUUGACUUCCCUCGAAACAUUGAAGAAUACGUUCAUAGAGUAGGUCGUACUGGGCGAGCAGGACGUACUGGGGAGGCAGUAACACUUGUCACUAAGAAUGAUUGGAGAGUUGCAUCUGAGCUGAUUGACAUUCUGGAAAGAGCAAACCAAGCAGUUCCUAAUGAGCUGAUUUCAAUGGCAGAAAGAUACAAACAAUUUCAACUCAAAAAAGAAAUUGAAAGGGAUGUUAGAAGACCUCAGAGACGGCCUCCAAAAGAGUUAUAA